AUGGGCCUCCGCUUUCUGGCCAGACAUACUUCCUCACAUGGUCUGUUGAAUUCAUUCAACUGCGACAAUAGCGUUGUAAGGGGUCAGGUUCUUCCAAGUCUCCUACAGAACGGUAGCUGGCCUCCCUUUGAAGCAGGUUCCAUUGCUAGUACCCUGGUCGCAUCACCUUGGGUAAGAAUGGAUCAACGUAAAUUGACACAACAAGGAUUGACAGAACAACACCCCCUGGCAAGCACGUGUGAACAAAUUGUCACAGGCGUCCGGGGAGUUGCAUCUCAAGCGGCUAAUAUGAACUGGUCUGUGUCCAGACAACUGUCUUGUACACGAUUCUUUUCUCCAGGAAAUGUUGAGUUAUUCUUGACCAUGUUCUUCCAAAUCUGGCAUCCAAACUGGCCCGUCUUCCAUAGACCAACCUUUGACCCCACGCUCAAGUCUCCCAAGUUGAUAGCGGCUCUUUCACUAAUUGGUGCAUCUUUGAGUCCCGAAAGGAAGCAAUAUGAUCAAGCCAUGGUCUGGUUGGAGAUAGUCGAGAACUGGAUCUUCCAGGACCCAUAUUUCAGCGAAGACAUAAUUCCUCAAACAGAUGAUUAUAGCCAGGCUUUGCAAGUCCGCCAGCGGCUUGACAUGGUGCAAGCUGCUUAUGCUAUCGUUCUCCUAAUGAAUUGGGAGGGUGAUACAAAAACGAGGCUCAGAGCACGAAGGACACGGUUUCCUGACAUCGUCUAUGUUGCUCGCAGCCUUUCUCCCAUUGCGAUACCUGGAACAAGUGAGAAAGAACCUUUUGCUCCACGCAUCCUCUACGACCAUUGGACAGCGUUCGCAUUACGAGAGGAGUGUAUCCGCACCCUUCUGUAUACAUUCCUUCUCGAUUCCGCAUUCGUAAUGUUCUACGAUAUGUGUCCCCGGAUGGUGAUUAACGAGUUACAAUUUAGUCUUGCGGCUAGGGAUGAACACUUUAAUGCCCCUGAUGCCGAGGCUUGGUUUAUGUGCACCCAAGCUGCAGCACACAAGUCAGUGGCAUGCAGCCAGGUCACGAUGUCCCAAUCUAUUAGCAUGAUUAUGAGUGAGGAUUUCGGUGCUACUCAGUGGGAAGUCUUUGAGCAAAUGAGUCCAUUGAAUCUCUUUGCCAUCGCUAGUGCCUUCCAUAAUCUUAUCUAUCACCACCAGAACGGACCAGACCAAGGAUCAAGAUCGUUGCCCAUUACACGAGGGUUAAGGAAUUGGUUUCUAAUUUGGUCUCACUGUAACUUCUUCUCAACCACCGACGAUUAUCUCUCUUUUGUAGGAAGAAAAUCUCAAAGCAAACUUGGGUUCUUUCUACAUGCAGAUGAGUAUUGGUGUCUCGCUAAUCUGUUCUGCCGCCAAUUGGAGCGUGGUAUCAAUCCCCACCAAGCAUUUGGAGACACUCAUUCACAGAUAUCUCAAGGAAUGUCUGAUAUGGGUAAGAUACACAGUUUGAUCCUUCGCUUCCAAGAUGUAGAUCUUGGCGAGAUAGUUCUUUCAUGA